UUUCAGUAUAUUGUGGUUAUAAUGUAAUCAAAAAUCUUGGACAUCGAACUCACAAUAACCUUUAUCUUCAUUGUUAAAAGAAAUUCCAAUAAAUUCCCAAUAUAUCAACACAUCCUGAGUCAAUACACGAUAAGAAGUCAAUAUUAAAUUGCCAGUAGCCAACUCGUAUUCAACGUAGCCACACCGACAUUUAAUGAUGCUGAAAGAACUAGUUUAUCUGUUACUGGUCGCGUUCGUACGUGAAAAAACCUGCGCCAGAAUCCUGGCAGUGGUGCCGGUACCAUCGUACAGCCACCAACUGUUCUUCAGGCCCCUUUGGAAGGGACUGAACGCAAGAGGCCACGAACUGACUCUUAUGACGACGGACCCCAUGCCCGAAGCUCCGAAUAACAUCAAGCAAAUCGACUGGAGUUUCGCGUACGACCUGAGACACAACAAACAUAACAUCACCAAGGUGGUGCAGGACAACGAAUACAACCUCCCGAAAAUCCUCGCCUCGUACCAGGCCAUGAUGAACGAAAUAGUCGACGAGGAACUGGCUCGGCCAGAGGUGCAGGCGUUGCUGAAUGACGAAAACGAACGGUUUGAUUUGUUGAUGGUGGAAUAUUUUCAUCCGGUGAUGUUCGCGUUCUCGGAAAGAUUCAAGUGCCCCUACAUAGCCCUCGCUUCGAUGGAAAUUGCCAAUUUUUAUCACAAGGCCUUGGGAAACCCCAUACAUCCCGUGCUUUACCCGGAGAUACUGUUGCCCUUCGAAAGAGACUUAAAGUUCAGCGAGAGGCUGUUGAGCACCCUGUACGUGAUCUGGGGUAUCGUUCACAAGAAAUAUACCUACGGGAGUAGCGUUGAGGAGCUAAUGGCCAAGAAAUAUUUCGGGGAGGACCUGCCCUCUCUGCAAAGGAUUACUAGAAACGUCAGUAUGGUGUUUGUUAACACCCACCCAGUCUUCAAUGUUAGGCCGUUGGGGCCCGGUUUCGUCCGAAUUGGCGGGGGAAUGCACCUGGAGGAGCCGAAGCCAUUGCCCGAGGAGCUGAAGAUGUUUUUGGAUCGAGCUGGAGAAGGUGUCAUCUACUUUAGCCUAGGGACGAAUGUACGAAGCCACCACUUAUCAAAAGGGUUGAUACAAGCUUUCGUGGACACUUUUAGGGAAUUGCCUUAUAAAGUACUGUGGAAAUUUGAAAGAGACGUACCCGAAAAAUCAAGUAAUGUAAAGAUUGUUAGGUGGCUACCUCAACAGGAUGUACUACGUCAUAAAAAUGUGAUAUUGUUCAUGACCCAAUGUGGCUCUCAAUCGAUGGAGGAGGCGAUUUUUAGCCAUGUUCCGAUGGUGGCUAUUCCUUUCGUGAGUGACCAGAAAAUGAACGCCCAGAAAAUUGUCGGCAGUGGGUUAGGACUGUUCAUCAACAAGAACACCCUCACGAGGGAGGUCCUUAUGAAGGCGAUUUUGGAAAUCACGCAGAAUUCCAGCUAUAAAAACAAUGUAAGGCAAGUGGCGGACCUCAUGCAGGACCAACCGAUGUCCGGAUUAGAGAAGGCGAUAUGGUGGACGGAAUACGUCAUCAGACACAGGGGGGUGAAACAUUUUUGGCACCCUAACCUGGACCUACCGACGUAUCAGUUUCUGCUGUUGGACGUUAUAGGUUUCUUGGUGCUACUACACAUCCUGACUAUUUUUGUGGCGUAUAAAAUCGUUAAAAACGUAUCAGUUUUACUUCUGCGAGGAGCAAAUUCAAAUAAAGUAAAAACUAACUGAAGCUCCCUCCCCUCUUUGUCUUUCCCGAUACGUCGCGUGAUCGUCCUUCUUUAUAUUCUAAUAAACAACUUGUAUACUUUUAAAGGGUAUCAGGUCUCGUUUGCGGGAUAUCCGAAACGCGCUUUCUAUCGUCAAUAUAUGAAACGGUUUGUAAGGAAUUUUCGUCCCGAGCCAGAGGAUCGCGCUGCGGUGUCUUCGUGCGGUUGAAAAUCUCGUAGACACGCAAAGCACUGCCAAGCACCGAUUAUCGAAAUAUCCGGAAAGCGCGAGCUUCUUUUUUUAUUAUUCGCUGCUUCUUAUCGUUCGCUGUACGAUUUUAAACAAGGAAAAUAUGGGCCAGUUGACUGAUAUAAAAAAGAGUCGAAAUGAUGUGCGGGAGUUUUGGAGAUGCCCAUUUCCUGUUUGUCGGAGCUCCAAUAUUGGGAUCCAGCUAACUCGAUUUUAAAUUGAUUAAUUUCUUACAUUAAAUUAAAUAAAUUAAGGGAAAGCUCGAGCGGAGCUCCUCCGAAAGCUGAUAUUUCAGAAUAACACCAAUUUAUUUAUUUUUCAAUACCGAAUUUUAAACACAACAUAAAAAAAAUCCGGUGUCGGAUAUUCAAAGAAGUAGCGAAAAAUGAGAUAAAUGAGCUCUUACAAUUAGUAUUCAAAGACAAUAUCCUAAUCAUAGGCGUGCGCCGGGAAAAGGAUUAAAGGAUUAAACAAUUAAACAUCAUAAACGAUAACAAAGGUACUUAUUCCUAUUUUUUAUAUUUAACUUUCACGUUCUGUAUCUUUUAAAAAAGGCGCCUGAAUAAACAAUGUUUCA